GCAAUAGUCCUAGCAGCUUUCAGAAUGCCAGUCUGCAGAAGUGAGCUGAGUGUUUGCGCGGUACAGGGCUCUCCUGCCUUCUGGGCUCCAACGCAGCUCUGUGGCUGAACUGGGAGCUCCCCACAAGAACUGCUGGGCUAUGGGAUACAGAUGUGGCAGCUCAGGUAGCCCUACGUUACCUGGAGGAAUACAUCAUGCUUUCCGAUAAGAAGACGUUGUAGAAGCCAGUUUUUUUUUUUUUAUUCUCCCCCACCCCCCCCCCCCAAAAAAAAAAAAAAACUAAAGAUGCAAAAACGUAACAUCCAUGAAGAUCCUAUUACCUAGGAAGAUUUUGAUGUUUUGCUGUGAAUGCCGUGUUGGGAUUUAUUUGUUCUUGGAGUGUUCUGCGUGGCUGGCAAAGAAUAAUGUUCCAAAAUUGGUCCAUCUCCCAAGGGGUCCAGUUUUUCUUCCUGGGUGUCAUCGAGCCCUGACUCACUACAGUGCAGCUGACAGGGGCUGUCAUGCAAGUGGUCCCCUAAGCCAAAGCAAAAGACCUAAGGACGACCUUUGAACACUACAAAGGAUGGGUUUCAAUGUAAUUAGGCUACUGAGCGGAUCAGCUGUAGCACUGGUUAUAGCCCCCACUGUCUUACUGACAAUGCUUUCUUCUGCUGAACGAGGAUGCCCUAAGGGCUGCAGGUGUGAAGGCAAAAUGGUAUAUUGUGAAUCUCAGAAAUUACAGGAGAUACCCUCAAGCAUAUCUGCGGGUUGCUUAGGUCUGUCCCUUCGCUAUAACAGCCUUCAGAAACUGAAGUAUAAUCAAUUCAAAGGGCUCAACCAGCUCACCUGGCUGUACCUUGACCAUAACCAUAUCAGCAAUAUCGACGAGAAUGCUUUCAAUGGAAUACGCAGACUCAAAGAGUUGAUUCUGAGUUCCAACAGAAUCUCCUAUUUUCUUAACAAUACCUUCAGACCUGUGACAAAUUUAAGGAACUUGGACCUGUCCUACAAUCAGCUGCAUUCUCUGGGAUCCGAACAGUUUCGGGGCUUGCGGAAACUGCUGAGUUUACAUUUGCGGUCUAACUCCCUGAGAACCAUCCCCGUGCGAAUAUUCCAAGACUGCCGCAACCUGGAACUUUUGGACCUGGGUUAUAACCGGAUCCGAAGUUUAGCCAGGAAUGUCUUUGCUGGCAUGAUCAGACUCAAAGAACUUCACCUGGAGCACAAUCAGUUUUCCAAGCUCAACCUGGCCCUUUUUCCAAGGUUGGUGAGCCUACAGAACCUUUACUUACAGUGGAAUAAAAUCAGUGUCAUAGGACAAACCAUGUCAUGGACCUGGAGCUCCUUACAAAGGCUUGAUUUAUCGGGCAAUGAGAUCGAAGCUUUCAGUGGACCUAGUGUUUUCCAGUGUGUCCCCAAUCUGCAGCGCCUCAACCUGGAUUCCAACAAGCUGACAUUUAUUGGUCAAGAGAUUCUGGAUUCUUGGAUAUCCCUCAAUGACAUCAGUCUUGCCGGGAAUAUAUGGGAAUGCAGCAGAAACAUUUGUUCCCUGGUAAACUGGCUGAAAAGUUUUAAAGGUCUGAGGGAGAAUACAAUUAUCUGUGCCAGUCCCAAAGAGCUGCAAGGAGUAAAUGUAAUUGAUGCAGUGAAGAACUAUAGCAUCUGUGGCAAAAGUACCACGGAGAGGUUUGAUCUGGCCAGGGCACUCCCAAAGCCCACGUUUAAGCCCAAGCUCCCCAGACCGAAGCACGAGAGCAAGCUCCCCUUGCCCCCCAGGGUGGCAGCCACGGAGCCCGGGCCAGAGACCGAUGCUGACACGGAGCACAUCUCCUUCCAUAAAAUCAUCGCGGGCAGCGUGGCCCUUUUCCUCUCUGUGCUCGUCAUCCUGCUCGUUAUCUACGUGUCAUGGAAGCGGUACCCUGCGAGCAUGAAGCAGCUGCAGCAACGUUCCCUCAUGCGAAGGCACAGGAAAAAGAAAAGACAGUCCCUAAAGCAAAUGACUCCCAGCACCCAGGAAUUUUAUGUAGAUUACAAACCCACCAACACGGAGACCAGCGAGAUGCUGCUGAAUGGGACGGGACCCUGCACCUAUAACAAAUCAGGCUCCAGGGAGUGUGAGAUACCUUUAUCAAUGAAUGUGUCAACCUUUCUGGCAUACGACCAGCCCACAAUAAGUUACUGCGGGGUGCAUCAUGAACUUCUCUCUCAUAAGUCCUUUGAAACGAACGCACAGGAAGAUACGAUGGAAACACAGCUAGAGACUGAGCUGGACCUGAGCACAAUCACAACAGCCGGCCGAAUCGGUGACCAUAAACAGCAGCUGGCUUAAAUGAGCUAACUGGUAGCCAAGGGCUGCCACCAAACUUCGUAACCUCCGGGACAAAAUGAGGAACAUUUGUUCAUUGUGGACUCUAAAAACAAAAACAAAACAAAUCCCCUGUUCAAAUAAACAAAAAUCCAAGAUUGAUUCACGAAAUAAAGAAGACAUGAAUUGUUUCAAGUCUACACUUUGUAAAUUCGCUAAGUUGUGCAGUAUUUUUUUGAGUAUGGCCCUGAAAAGAAUCUUUUUUCAAAACUCAUCCUACCUACCUGUAAAAACUGUACAGAGCUAAUGUAUUUUUCAUAUUGUAAAGUUUCAAUUAUAGAAACAAAUUGGUAUGUACAGUACCAUAAUUUAAUUACAUUUUACUUUACAAACUUUACACAUUUCAGUUUCUAAAAUUUUAAAUUAACAGAAAUUAUUUCUUGUGUUAUUCAGAGUUACUCAGUUUUGUAGGGACUGUUUUGUUACUGCUUUUGUGCCCAGAAAACUUUACUCUAAAAUUCUGUGCUGUACCAAACAUGCACGAUUUUUAUCAUGCUUACUGCGUAGAAUUUUAUCUACUUGUUCCAGAAAUAAUACAUUAACCAAAAAGGGUUUAAUUGUUCAGACUUGUAAGAGGUUCUUCAAUUACAUAGACAGGUUUUUCUUACAGAUGAAAAAAAAAAUCAAAGAUUUUUUUAACAGUUCUUCUCGGACUUAACUGUUGCCUUGAAUUACAGCCUAGUUUCUAAGCAGUGAAAUGUAAUGAUAAAGAGGGAUAUUUUAACAACAUAUUUCCGAAUGAAUGACUCAUUAUUUCAUUCUUUGAGUAGCGCAUUGUUAAGGAGGGGAGGGGGUAUGGACAAAACAUCACUAGAAACAAAGGCCGUAACCACAGCAACAGACUUUGAUACACUGAACUAGGUACAGCUGCCAGUGACAAAGAAAAACUUUUGUUACAUCUCAUUAUUUUCAGGCCAAGGUGGGAUGAUAGAGCAUAAUAACUGUACAGUAGCAAUUUUCUCCUAAUUAACCCAAAGUGGUUUACCUAAAAAUAACCAUCAGUCAGUGCAAAAUGUACCUGACUUUUAGGACUUCUCAUUUAGAACUGUGAGGCUAUAUUUUGUGGGGAACAUCUCAAAGGAAAUAUAUGUGCGCUACAUCUAUUCUCUGCUCGAGGAGAAUUUUAAACAUCCGCGCUCAUUCUACAUAGAUAUGAGCCAUGGUAAAGAACUUUGUCACUCAAAGUAGAUUGUAUACGUCCUUAAGAUUUUCUAAUGGUUUAUAUUGCCAUUCAUCAUGGGAUUCGCCUCCAAUAUACCUGAAAAAUAACUCAGAGUAAUUCGACACCAAUACUGACCAUAUACUGAUUAUGCAAUUGUAUUAUAAAGUUAAUUGAAAUCAAAUUGAGAAAACCUGACUUUUCAGAGGCUGAAAUAAUCAAUUUAUGUUGCUUGCUUGACACAGAUCAUUGGAAAAUAUUGCUAUUUCAUCUGUGGUAAUCACACCAUUCUUUAUGGGGGUUUUUUUAACAUAAAACUGCAAGUUUUAAUUAUUGUUGCACCAAGCAAAGCGCACUUUUAUGUGAAGUCAUUUUAUAUUUGUGGUAUCAAAAGUAGAUUGACAAUAUGUCAAUCUAACCGGGGUGAAAAACAAGCAAAACAAUGGAGAAAAAACUGGCAAAAGGAUUGUUAAACUUUUAACUUUUUUUAUUUCUUCCAAAAAAUUGUAUCUAUGAAAGUCUGAUUUUAUGGAUGUUUAUCCUAGCAAAUUUAAGAGCAGCUGCAAGAAGAAUAAACUUAAGGUAGAGCAAAUUUUUGUUGCAAAUAUACAAAGUCAGAAACAGAAAAAUAUGCAAAAUGUUUGAAGAAGCAAACUCUAUUACUAAUUUAAAUGAAACUAAAUGUCAGAUGAAGUACUUGUAUCAACUGUUUAGCAUCUCAGAUUUUGUAACAUAUUUUGCAUAAAUUAUUUACUAUUCAAAAA